AUGGCUCUAAUUUUUCACAAAAAACCGAUAGAGCUUAGCUCAAAAACACUCCAGUCGUUAUUGGAUAAAUACGCUUCCUACUCAGAAGAGGUUAAAGCAUCUGGAACAGAAGAGGAACAAUACGAUGAGUAUCUGAGCGCCGCAAAUUUGAUUUCUGGAGGUAUAGACAACCUCAAAAUGAGCAGAAAUGCCCUCCAGUCACUCAUUGAUAAACUACAAAAAGAGUACGAUGAGGCCAGAGCAAAAGGCAACAAAAAAGAACUUGUGAAUGAAGUCGAAGAGAUUGAAAAAGACACAGGCUUCACAGAAAAGAUCGCAAAGGCGAAUGAACUGAUCUACAUACUCAAUGCCAGAGCUACAGAAGCUCGGAAUCAAAUGGGUAAACUUGCUAGAAAAUUGGGAAUAAACAAAGAAGAACCCAAAAAAGCAAAACCAACACUCCUGCAUGAGAUAAACUCACCCCAACAGGCAACGUUGGAGUCGGGUGUUGCAGAACAAAUGGAAGUACUAACAAUAGCGCCAGAAGAUGCCAGCUGGCUUACGGAGGAAAACACACCUUCAAUGAGAAGCAGAGAAGACGACGAAGAUGUGAUCUGUCGUACUCUGAAACCAAAACAGCUCAAAGUUCCACAAAAACUGUGUGAAAAAUGGAACCUUACACUUCAAGAGGUAAACAACGCAUCAAUCAAGGUACCUCGACUACUGUUGCAGUCGACCUUCAACAGCUCAAAAGUCAGCCUUUGGGUAUUCUGUGAUGCUAGUAAGAUGGCAGUCGCAACAUGCGCAUAUCUUAGGUGCGAGAGCAGUAACAAGGUCAGUCAGCUGAUUAGUGGAAAGAGCAAACUAACUCCAAAAAAGACUCAGCAAACUAUUCCACGUCUGGAGUUGUUGGGUAUUCUCAUUGCCCUUCGAAUGGCAAACAACAUACUGCAGGCAAUCACUACUCAACUAUGUGCUAUAAACAUUGCCAGUGAUAGCGAAAUUGCGCUUUUCUGGAUCAAAUCUUCACGCAAACUGCCAACGUUUGUCAGUAACCAAAAAGAGCGAAUUUCAAAAUUGAAAGCGCACUUGGAAUCAAGAUGUGUACCUGUGCAUUUUUACCACAUUGCAACUCAGCAUAAUCCAGCCGACGUUGGAACUCGUGGUAUCACCGCUAUGGCGGGUAGUGAGCAUGACUGGGUGAGAGGACCAAAAUGGUUAGAAAAUGACCCGCAAUCAUGGCUGCUCAAGUCCAUUGACAGCCUACGCUCAGAUUACUCUUAUGAGGAAAUUGAUGACAAGAAACAAGUCGCUGCUGAAAUCAUAGUUGACGCACCGUUACCAUCUCGUGUGGUCAUUGACCUACAGCGCUUUUCGCGGUAUAAGACUGCUCUUCGCACAUUUGCGAGAGUUGGAAAGCUGCUCAAACGGUGGACACAGCGCUGUAAUCAAGCAAGAGUCUACUAUGCCACGAGAUGCGCUGAAGCGGGAUCUUGCACGUAUUCAAAAUGCAGCAGGUUAAGACCCGAUGAGAUAGUUCCGGAACUGAACGCCUCAUCGCACUUCCCAGGAUAUUCGAUGUGUGAUGCUACAUGCGGAGGCAUAGUGUGCGGUUGCUUACUUCCAGUCCCAGCAUGCACAUUCUUGCGAAUAGCUCACGUGCCAAUAUCAGACACGGUUUACGAAAUUGUGAACUGCAUUGAAUGGAAACCAGUCAUUCAGAUAGAGAUGGAUUUCAUGUUGUACAACAAAGGAAAGAUCAAGCAAUUUGAUCUCGAGCCGUACCUGAUGCAUAAGCAUGAGGAGAUCUCACUAACAGUGAUUUCCAUAGUGAAACCCCAUUCUCCGUUGAUGGACAAGAGGUUCGCACUUAGUUCACGCGAAUCCAUCAUUCUACCAGACUAUUAUCAAUUACCGGUUGAAUGUGACUCAGAAGAAACAGCAGCUGAGCAUUUCGCAAACUGUACUAAUCGUAUGAUAUGUUCCUGCGAAAAUUUCAAGGCACCACAGUCUUGUCAAUGUCCACCAAACUCACUGCAGUCACUGCGCAAACAGGUGGCAAACGUUUUUCCGAUACACACUUCCUUUACGGAAAUCAAUGUCGAAGGCAACGACGUCUACGCGUUCUCCAAGGAGGCAGAAAUAACCCUUGCUAUACAGUCAAACCUGAUGAUAGGAGGCGCCCAAUACGUAAUCGAUCAACCAUGCAAAAUAUCAGCUGGUAAGAUCAAAGGCUGCUACAGCUGCAACGAAGGCGCAAAAAUCGAAUUAUCAUGUGAAGCUGUAGAAGAUUCGUGGGUUACGGUACAAUGUGAGCACCACGUCUUUUCAAUCGAAUGUGGUCCAACAAAUACUUCUACUCAACUAUCACUCGAUUUUGACCACGCUAUAAUCUCAGAAAACUGCUUUGUAACUUGCGGUGAAAUGAAAAAGACAGUCCUUCUGGAUGGUUUACUUAAUUAUCAUCCCGGAGUCAUGACAAACACUGUAUCGCAGACAGAUGCUAAAGAACUUGCUGGAGGAAAUCCAUUCUAUGACAUUGACAUGCCCGAUCUAAGCCCACUAAUCGAUACGUUGAAAGCACAUUGGAAACUGGCCAUAGCUACUUUCGGGGUAACAGCGGUUCUUGUAGGGAUGACGUACUUAUUCGGUCCCUCAGUAGUUUUCCUAAUUGCCAAAGUGACAAUUUCAGUAGCUAUCGCUGUAGUAAAAAUCGCACUGCAUAUAACAAGGUCAGUAGUUACCACACUGGCCAGAGUGAUAUCCAUACUCUUAUGCAGAAGUCGUGAAUAG